GGUGGACCUUGGGUGCUCGCAGGUGCUCGCUACUUUUUCCCUCCCUCUCCCAUCUUUGCACCCGCCCACGCAUCCCUUGGGCCGCCAGCGGUGCGCAUGACGCUUGUGCUGUCACCCGUUAUCUCCCUCCUUGUUGCCUUUUCGGCGCUCGUCAGUCUCUUCUCCAAUGGAGUGUCGGCCCAGGGGAACGUGACAUGCGCGACCAACUUCACAAACUGGUAUUCGGAUGUUGUUGGGGAGACGCCUUGUAUGACAUACUAUCGUCUCAGAUCGAUAUGCAACGCACAGUACCAGGUCCCGAGCUUUCGUCCAAACACUCCUGGGGACAACUGCGAUGACCAAGUUGCUGACUGUUGCUGUAACUCCAUCUCAUGGGCGCUCAGUAUGCUCUGCAUGAACUGUCAACAGGACGUCUCAACAACAACUGGAAUCGAUGCAGGCAAAGGCGCCUACCAGAUGUAUCUCGACAACAUGGGGUGCUCGCCAAACACGAACAUGAGCCUACCAAGCAACAUUAAGCUGGCAACGUGUAAUACGGGCGUACGUCUGCAAAACUUCUUGUAUGGGCUGUUCUGGAACGACGGGUCAUGGUACUACGAGUAUACGACCGAGACGGGUGUGACUGGUGCCAACACGGCGGGGUCAAACACAUCUCAGCUAUUUACCUCUCAAGGGUGCCCGACGACCACGACAAGCACCACUUCGGGCAAAUCUACUAGCACAUCGACUUCGAGUGGCAGCAACUCUCCUUCGACGAGUCAAACAACGAGCAACAACACAUCCCAUAUGAACAUCGGGGCAGCGGUUGGCGGUGCGGUUGGCGGUUUAGCUGGGUUGGCGAUUUUAGUUGGGCUGGGCGUGUUUUGCUGGCGCAAGCGCAAGCGUACAGAAAGAGAGCGGGUCGCAUAUAUUGAGAGUAUGGCGCAGCGGGGUACUCGAAUCGCUGGCGGCCCAUCGAUGAGCUUCAGCGGCGACCCCUCACAGCCUUCAUACCCGCACAGCCACUCGGCCUACGCCGGGAGCAGCGCCGGCGCCACGCAUACCGAGACGUCGUAUUCGCAUCGUCGCAGGCCAUCCAAUAUGACGUCUCCGGAUCUCGGACCCACAAGUCCAACCGCUGGCGGCGCGUACUACGCACCCGUACCGAACCAGGAAGAAGACCUCGGUCCUCUCGAAGAGGUUGGUGUGAGUCGGGCGGGCACGACGCGGCUGCCGCCCGCGUACAAUCACUCCUGGAGGGAGAGCCGGAGGCCAGGUGCGGGGCCUGUUCAGGGUGGUAGUGGUGAUGUGUCGAGUGCGGAGAGGACGAGACAGCUGCCGCAGACGCCGGAUGAGAGUGCUGCAUGGGCGCUGAGGGAGAAGUCUGGGCAGUCUAGGGGUGGGGGCGAGGUGGGUAGGGGAUACGUACAGUAGGGCGGGUUGAUUUUUCUUCAUUUGUGUAUGGUUUGUGAUAUGGCUAAUUGGACAAUUAUUGGACUUUUGAAUCACGC